AAGACGACUUGCAGGUGACGUCAUUUCUGCGCGACACGUCAACACGGCGGCAAAUAACACAGCGCGUCAGUUUUGCGAACUUUUACCAACUGACACGGAAACAAAACUAUUUGUCGCCAAUUUGUGGUUUGACUGAAAGGAGGACGCCCGCGGAAAGUUUGCGCUGAAGCGGACUGAACAACAAAACCGCCAAAAAAACUGUUUUCAUCCUGAAAACGGAAGCGUGGCAGCAUGAAUGAAGAAGAGCUGUUGGAGUACUUCCGCGCUCAGCUGAGGCAGGACCCCGACGUGGCUUCGGCGGUGGCCGCCAUCCGCACGCUGCUGGAGUUCCUCAAGCGGGAUGAAGGCGAGACCCUGCUGGGCCUGAGGGAGAACCUGAAGUGGGCCACGGACCGCCUGGCCAGCGUGGACUCGUCCGUGGCCGUGUCUUCUGGCGGCGAACUCUUUCUGCGCUUCAUCAGCCUCACGUGGCUGGAGCACCAGGAACUGUCGUGCUGCAAGAAAGUGAUGGAGGAGCGCGGGCAGCUCUUCAUGGACAAGAUCUCCAUGUCCAGGGGCAAAGUGGCCAAGCUGUGUCACACCUUCAUUAAGGACGGAGCCAAAAUCCUGACGCACUCGUACUCCCGGGUGGUCUUGAGGGUGCUGGAGAAGGCGGCGGCCGAGAAGAAACGUUUCUCCGUCUUCGUCACCGAGUCGCAGCCCGACGGCGCCGGGCGGCUGAUGGCCGAACACUUGAGAAAGCUCUACGUUCCCGUCACGGUUAUCCUGGACGCCGCUGUUGGGUACGUGCUGGAGAAGGUGGAUCAGGUCAUCGUGGGCGCAGAAGGCGUGGUGGAGAGCGGCGGCAUCAUCAACAAGGUUUCGCUACUUGUUUGUUUGUUUGUUUGUUUGUUUGCUUGCUUGCAAAACUCCUCCCCCCCCGCUGGUACAGAUCGGCACCUACCAGAUGGCGGCGUGCGCCAAAGCCCACAACAAGCCCUUCUACGUGGUGGCCGAGAGCUUCAAGUUCGUGCGCCUCUACCCGCUCAACCAGCAGGACGUGCCCGACAAGUUCAAGUACAAGGCGGACACGUUGAAGACUCACUCCAACCUGUCGGAGGAGCACCCCCUGGUGGACUACACGCCGCCCUCGCUCAUCACGCUGCUCUUCACCGAUCUCGGCGUUCUCACGCCGUCCGCAGUCAGCGAUGAGCUCAUCAAGCUCUAUUUGUAAAACAUCAAUAAAAGGAAAACAAGGAAA